UUCUUUAGGAAUUUGAAAAUGGGAUCUGAAACCUGGUUUUACCUGCUUUCUGUUAUGUCCAUCUAUGUAUUUCUCUUUUACCUUACAAAGCAUCAGAAACAAUCUCGAAACACGAAGAACCCUCCAUCCCCUCCUUCACUUCCAAUUAUCGGCCAUCUGCAUCUGAUAAAAGACCCGUUACAUCGUAUGUUACAAGAUCUUUCGUGCAAAUAUGGUCCGAUUUUCAGACUCAAGUUUGGUUAUCGCGCCAUACUUGUGAUUUCAUCACAAUCUGGUGCCGAAGAAUGCUUUACUAAGCAUGACAUUAGUUUUGCAAAUAGGCCUCGUCUGCUUGUUGGUAAACACCUUAAUUACAACUACACUACAAUUGCUGCAGCCUCAUAUGGCCAACACUGGCGAAAUCUACGUCGUCUUAGUGCCAUAGAAAUGUUCUCCACGAAUCGACUCAACAUGUUUUUGAGUGUUCGAAGAGAAGAAACUGGAUCACUGAUCAAGAAUCUUUGUGAAGAGGUGAGGGGAGAUUCUGUGAAGGUGAAAAUGCAGCCGAGGCUAUCAGAACUAUCAUUUAACAUUAUAAUGAGAAUGAUUUGUGGCAAGAGAUACUUUGGAGUUGAAGUGGAGAAUCAAGAAGAAGCUAGGAAAUUAGCAGAAAUGAUCAAGGAGGCUUUUGAUCUCGCGGGAGCAUCAAAUCCAGGAGAUUUUCUCUCGUUUUUGCAGUGGAUUGAUUUUGGAGGUUUGGAGAAGAGGAUGAAGAGAGUGCACAGCACAAAUGACGCGUUUUUACAGAGUGUGAUCGACGAAUCUAGGCAAAAAAGUGGAUCAGGAAAGACUAAGACACUUGUUGAUGUCAUGCUAUCGUUGCAGGAAGGCGAACCUGAGGAUUAUUCUGAUGAAAUUCUCAAAGGCAUGAUUUUGCAACUGCUAUUUGCAGGCACGGACACGACCUCUGCUACAAUGGAGUGGGCAAUGUCACUGCUGCUGAACCAUCCAGAGGCACUGCAGAAGGCCAGAGAUGAACUGAGUCAUCAUGUUGGCCACAAGCGUCUAGUGGAGGAAAAAGACCUUCCGAAACUCCAAUUCCUCCAAAGCAUUGUGAACGAGACAUAUAGACUAUUUCCUGCAGCUCCGCUCUUAGUGCCACAUGAGUCAUCAGAUGAGUGCACAGUUGGAGGGUACAAUGUACCCCGUGGCACAAUGCUGUUAGUGAAUGCAUGGGCGAUUCACAGGGACCCGAACGUGUGGGAGGAUCCUACGAGCUUCGUGCCAGAGAGAUUCCAAGGAGCAAAGUCGGAGGAUGCAAACAAGUUGGUCACAUUUGGGAUGGGAAGGAGACAAUGCCCAGGAAUUGCACUUGCUGAUAAAAUACUAGGUUUAUGUCUGGCUGGAUUGAUUCAGUGCUUUGAGUGGGAAAGAAUUGGGGAGGAGUUGGUGGAUUUGAGUGAGAGCAAAGGGCUUACAAUGCCUAAAGCCAUGCCAUUGGAAGCUAUGUGCAAAGUAGAUGAAAGAAUGAUUGAAGUCCUUAACCAGCUUUGAGAAUUACCAACUUACCAUGAAAAACCUAUUACACUGUAAAACAAUGCAAAAAAAAAAAAGCAAAAUAAAAUGUCAGAA